AUGCCUUCAACCGUAGCAACGGGUACCGAGGCGGUCACUUCGAGCGGAGCUCACAAUGGUCCUCCCGCCUUUAUCGAGUUUGCGCUCGGGGGCAAGCGGCUGGUCCGUUACAAUCGCAUGGCUCGCAGCGGCGACGCCGAUGCAGCCGUGUUGGGCAAAGGCGGAUUCGGGUGCGUCUACCGAUACGCCAUCGAUUCUUCCUUCACGCCUCCUUCGUCCAUGGAUCUCUCGCUUUCUCUUCACUCGGCUGCUGCACAUCGUCACGCGUCCGAACCGGACUCAUCAAUGUCCUCGGAACUGCAGCACGACCGCUCUCCACCACGAAGCCGUCUUUGCGAUGAACCAGUGGCCACCAACACGCUUAUGAAGCCCGCCUCUCUUGUCGCCGUCAAGCUCUGCCGUACGCCUUGCUCUGGCUCUUUUGAUGAGCUGCAAAAGACGAGCUUGAUUGACAAGCGCACUCGUCGAGCCGAUAUGCAGGACGAAACCAAGGCACACGUCCGCAUCGUCCGCGGGGAAGGUCGCAUCUUUCAGUAUCUCCAAGCAGCCCAUCAAGCUUCGGGCCGUUGCGAUGAUCCUCGGCUCGUCAAACUCGUCGCCAACCUUCCCGCUAAUGGAAUCGCACGAGCCGCUCAGCUCGAUGCGCUCGAUGCCUCUUUCGACGAGGAAGAUGGUCCACCGACAAGGCUGCUCGUUUUCGAGAAGCUCAUCGAGCUAGAUGCCGAGCGCACACCGAAGGGCUGGAUCAAGUCCAACAAGACGUGGUCGCACGAGCGCGUAGAAAAGGUUGCUUGCGAGGUUAUGCAAGGACUUCAGUUUCUCCACGAGCACAAUGUGACGCAUGGUGACUUGAAACCAUCCAAUCUCAUGCUUGAUCCUCGCACUGGCGUCUCCAAGAUCAUCGACCUGGGGGCGAGCCGCCGAUUUGUGCAUCUUUCCAACAAGGAGCGCAACAAUCGACGCGCGGUCGAGGACCAGGAUCGCCAUCUUUUAGCGCGCAGACUUCCGGUGCCUCGACUCGCCCCCGAGCUCUGCGAAGGACUUGGAUCGCUGACUGGAUCGCCAUACUACAUGGCGCCCGAAAUCCUGCUUCAAGCGACGAGAUACGUCGACACUUCCGGUCGGGCUCGCUCGGUGUUGGAGGACUACGAAUUCGACUUUACCUCUUUUCUUCCUCGAGAGCUAUGGGGCAUGUACCAUGUUGGCUUGAGCGAUCUGAGGCGAGGAUGGGGCAUCCGCGCUGACAUCUGGAGUUGGGCUUGCACUGUGCAAGCGCUCUUGCUGAAAACGGUGCAAGAAGACCAGCGGCCCAGCAGCAGCACCAUUUCGCCUUACGACUUUUCCUUCUCGCGUCACUGCGACGAGAUGAUGGAGCCGUUGCACGAAAAGAUGACGGGGGAGGACAACGUUCCGCGAUUUCAUCAGUGGUGCCGCGUCUUGCCGUUGCUCAUUGUCCGCAUCGCACUCGAGCCGAUUCCACUGACACCUCAAGCUGAAGGCUGUUCGCCAGCCUUACGAUCUGCGCUCAAGGCGUCGCUUCGACAUCAAGACCUAAGGCCUACCGCAGACGAGCUUGUUGAGAUGCUCCAGGUGACGCGACCUUGUUCGCGUGGCUCCAAGGCAGCAUUCAUGGGCGCACGGUCCGACUCUGUACGCAAAAUGGGUGCGCGACAGCCGAGCAUUGAAGCAGGCCGAACCCGUCCACAGCUUGUGGCAGUCGGCGAUAAGACAGUUUCGCCUUUGAUGGACAGCACUGAGCCCGAGAGCUCGAGGUACGCGACCCCGUCCCUGUCGCACGGCGCUUCGACUUUCAGCAGCCCACAACAUACCUGCGAGACGGCCAGCCGAGGAUGUCGGAACGUGGCUACGGAUGCCGAUCGCAAGGUGCGUUUCGAGGCGGGCACGACAGAGUCUACGUUCCUUGUGGCACCUAGGUCGGAGAACCGAUUGAGUUUCGAAAAGGAGCUCAAUCAUGGCGACCCGGUACCUCAAGGUUUUGAGCUUGUGAGCCCGGCUCGGGUGGGGAAGACGCGUACAAGUCCUUUGCGCGCAGGGAUCCGACCGGCAACGGCCAAUGCGACACUGCAGACUCCGUCGUUGGGCAGCGCCCGCCGCACGCACACAGAGCCCAUGAGUGGUGUGAAGGCGGCGCGGUCGCACCCGUCGACACCUACUCGCACCUUGGCUGGAGGCAUGCACACACGACUGGGAGGAAGCGAUGCCGACGGCGGCUGUCAAGGCUUGCAAAAGCGUACACAAGAGCGUGGCGAUGGUGCAGGUGCGGCUGCGGCUGCAAAUGUGUCGAUAGGAGCGUCGGACGGAUUGGGGAUCAAUUUGCUGGUGGAGGAUCUGCGCUGUCUGCAAGUGAACCGUCCUGGAGCAUUGCGUACGAUCAAGGCCGGUACGAGUGCAAGUGUACCUUCGAGCCCCGUGUCACACGGGCGUGGAGCAUCGAUGCCAAUGCUUACUUGUUCGACGGUAGAGGACGGAAAAGCGCCGUAUCGCAUGCCACCAACAAUGACACUUGGCUCUGGGAGACGUCUAUUUGGGGAUGACAUUGGCGGAUCACCGCGCAGCAGCAUGGCGGAUGGUAGAGGUCAUAAGCACAGCAGCUUGAUGGCGACGCUCAAGGAGAAGCAAGUGCGGCUGAAGCAAAGUUCGAUGAAGCUGAUGGGCAAGCGAGGGAGCGCGAUGCGUAGCGCCACAGAAGAUGGACAUGGCACAGGGUUGGAGCACGGACGCGAUGGGGAAGGCAUGGCAGAUGAGGAUCGAGUUAACAAGAUCGGAGGCCAUGAGCGGUACCAGAUGAUACGCCAGGCUGAAAGCCAGACGAUGAGCAGCUUGCCGACGGUGCCGUUGGAAAUGUCACCGAUCGGAAUGCGAUCGCCAGGGUUGAACAUGCACCAUGCAGGUUCUGCGAGCCGGCGGUCGACGACGAUGACAGGGGACGACCAUUCGGCAUCCAAGCCGCUGAUCCGACGCCUGUUUACAUGGAGUACAUUGUCCUAA